GCCUCACAGCACCGGGAAUCUCUCUCUAUCUCCAUCUUGCUCACCCCCCACCCCGCCUUUCCUCUGUGUCUGAAGCGUAAAAAACCAAAGGACUCUCAUCUCCCAUUCAGUCUUCUCUGUACGCUGAGGAGUGCCCUCAUAUUGAAAACACCUUUUUUCCCACCAAAUGCUUCAAUUUCACCUUUAUUUUUACCGAUUUUUACUUCUUUACCUGCUGCCAAAGGAUGAUUUGAUGACCAAAAGUGACAUUUUUUUCUGUUGACCUGCCGGGAGCCUGUAUCUUUUACACGAGUCAUCUUUGUUCUAGAGCUCACAGUUGCUGACUGUACACUGGCAGUGGGGAAAUAGGUUAGUGUGCCUAUCUGGUGCUGGGCAGGAGAGCUGAUUGAACGUUCAGUCUGCCAGAGGAGGUAAAGAGGAGGGAGAUGCCUUCCUGGUGGUAGCCUUCUGUAACUCUGCGACUAUUCGGGGAGAAGGUGACUAGAAUGCUCCCGCUGAACUCCAACCUCUAGCGGAAGUAUCAGCGACGGGAUUUCAGGGGAGACAAAGGAAGGGAAAAAAAGCAACUGAGGCAACAGACAGACAUUUGUUUUCAGUUUCUGGAGUCACUGAACAGGGUUGACCUGUGUGCACCUGCUGUCCGCGGACACCAUGGAUAUCAACCUUCAGUCUCACCGAUUUUACUUCCCUCAGAUAUACUGUGCUGAACCGGGGGCACAGCCACAGCUCACUGAGUUCAAAGUCAGUGAGCAGAGUAUCUGCCAGGCGCGGGCCUCUGUCAUGGUCUACGAUGACACCAGCAAGAAGUGGGUGCCCAUCAAGCCUGGCCAGCAGGGAUUCAGCCGCAUCAACAUCUACCACAACACUGCCAACAAUACCUUCAGAGUGGUGGGAGUCAAACUGCAGGACCAGCAGGUGGUCAUCAACUACUCAAUAGUGAAGGGUCUCAAGUACAACCAGGCCACACCAACCUUCCACCAGUGGAGGGACGCCAGGCAGGUCUAUGGCCUCAACUUCGCCAGCAAGGAGGAGGCCACCACCUUCUCCAAUGCUAUGCUCUUUGCCCUCAAUGUCCUCAGUGCUCAGGAUGGAGGUCCAGCUCUCCAGCGCCAAGUCCAGAAUGGACCGACUUCAGAUGAGAUAGAAGCUCAGAGAGCAAGGCAAAUGAUGGAGCAACAGCAGCAGCAGAUGCAGGCGCACAUGGAGCGGGAGCGACGGUCCUCCAACUCAGGUUCUCCUUUCCAAGGCCAUCCUGCUGUGCUCUCCGUUGCCCCACCAGUAGUACCUCCACCGGUGAUCAUGGGCGGCCCACCUCCUCCUCCACCACCGCCAGGCCCGCCGCCACCGUCAGCAGGGGCGCCGCAACCUCCUCUCCCUCCUCCACUGCCCUUAGGCGGAGGAAGCCACGGGGAUGAGACCUCUGCGCCGACAGGUCUUGCGGCUAUGAUUGCUGGAGCCAAACUACGCCGUGUUCAAAGACCUGAUGACAGCUCUUCAGGUGCCAAAAAUGAAGCUAACCGAACAAGUGGGGGGAGUGGAGGACUGAUGGAGGAGAUGAAUGCUCUGUUGGCACGAAGAAGGAAAGCAGCUUCAGAGAAGCCCGAGGACAGCCAAAAUGAUGACCCAAAUUCUCCGUCGCCCAGCACUCGGAGUGGACAGAACGCAACGGACGGAGCAAAGAAGCCCUGGGACCGAGCAAACUCUGCAGACAGGGCAAUGGCGUCGAGAGCACGACCUGCGGGGAGUGGUGGCGACACAGACUCGUUAGACCUCGAUAGAAUGAAACAGGAAAUAUUGGAAGAGGUGUUUCGUGAAUUGCACAAAGUGAAGGACGAAAUCAUCGAUGCCAUUAGACAUGAACUCAGUCGAGUUAGCACAACAUAAUCUUUCAGCGCGACCCCCCCUCCCAGACGUGAGCCACCUUUUUUUCAAACCAUUGCUCCUGCAGCAGCUGCUGGGGCCCUAAAGAAGAAGAGGAGGAGGAGGCGGAGUCAGGACGGGAGGCCCAAACUGUGACAUCUACUCAUCACGUUCAGCUGCGGUGUUGAAGCACUGGUGCAAACGUUGCUGUAACACCUCAGACGUGUCUGUGUAACAUUUGAUUUGUUUGUUUCUGAGAGGAAUACGUGAAUGGGGCGCACUCUCGCACCAGUUGCUCUCAUUUCUUUGUCUGUUUGUUUGCCCAGUUCUCUCCUCUGUCUUUGGUCCAAAGGAUAUUUGAUGCUAUGAUUUUAAUUGCUUUACUUUUUCACAGAUUUUUUAAAUCGUCAUUACUGUCACUUUCAUUAUUAUUCCUAUCAUUCUUAUGAUUGUAAGCGUGAUGUCAGUAAUGAGUAAUAGUAGUAGGGUAGUAGGGGCAAUGGUAAUAAUGAGGAAAUAAUAAUGAGAAUAUGAUAGUAAUGAUAAUGUGGAUAUAAUAUUGCACAUCACUUUAUGUCAGUGUUUUAAAUUUUAUAUCGGUUGUUUUCAUUUUGUUGUUUUCUUUGUUUUUUUUAGAUGCAUUUGCGAGAUCAUCCUCUUUUUUCUCUUCACCUGAUAUAAAAUAUUUUUUAAAGAUUUUUUAUCCUUUUCACAGUUAUGUGUGGAACCAUGGCAGAAAAAAAACAAGACAAAACAUAAAAAACAGACCUUGAACUGAAACCAAUGUUGGAGUAAACACAAAUUUUGGAUAUUGCAAUCUUAUGAAAUCCAAAAAAAUAAACACUAAAAAAAGAGAAAAUAAUAAAAAUAAUUAAAUACACCCGAGUAUUUGUGAUCAUGUUGUUAAUGAAAUGUUUAUUGGCUGCAAGGAUAUGGUGAAGUAUUGUUCAUUUUAUUUUCUCCUUUUACGACAAAGUGCUUCCUGGUUUGAGAACAACGACAAAAAACAAAAAAAAUAUAACGGAAGUUUAAAAUGAAUUGAAAUAAACUGUAAAACACGU